AUGGGUACAUCCCUAGUAAGCAUUGGUGUUCCAGAUAAGGACAAUGAUCAAGUAAUAUUUGUACAGGCUCAUGGCAAAUCAUUUAUAUGCAACAUCCUAAUUGGAAAAGAGGUAUUUGCACAUGCAUAUCAAUCAGAGGCUGUUACCCAUAAUACAGCUUUUUAUGAUGUCACAUUCGGUUUAAUAACGUACAAAGUGUUCGAUAUACCAGGUUUAAUUGAACCUGACCAAAAACGAAUUGAUUCAAAUGGAAUUGAAAUACAAAAAGCGUUUCAAUUAUGUCCAUCAUCGAUUGUUCUAUUCGUUUUUAGUGUUUUUGUGGUAAACAAUUUGUCACUGACACGUGAUAAACAAUAUGAAGGUAAAACAACUUUAGCAUCACAAAAAUAUUUAAAAAUAAGUGACGUCGACGUAUGUUUUCUUAAUCAUAUUGAUAUUAAUAAUCCCGCUGAAAAAGACAGUUUUCGUUCUGAACUUGCAUUAUAUGUCGUUAGAGGAAUAUCAGCACAAAUUAAUAAUAAACAAAUAGAAUAUGAUAAUUUUAGAAGUAAAGCUGAAACCGAUAUUAAAAAUUUGAAAGAAAAACUGUGUGAAUAUGAGGAAAAACAAACGAAUAAUAAGAAUCAUACAAGUGCAGCGGCAACGGAAAUUGAUGCUAAACGUAAGUGUUCGAUUUCAUAA